AUGUUCGCAGAUUACAGCGAUGCUGUUGGCGAUGCCGACGCUCCCUCACUCAUCUACCUGAGCGAGCCUCUGCCGUUCUCAGUCAAGCAGCUGGGACUCUCCCACGCCGCCUCUCCCCUCAACGCCGCAGCGGCAACACCGGCGGCGGCGCCGUCUGCAUCGCCGUCGUUUCGCGUGCGUGCGAUGCACCUCGACGACGUCGCUGAGGACGUCAUCCUCGUCUGCGAGGACAGCAUCACCCUAUGUGUGCCGUUAACUUGGAGCGCUGCUGCAGCGGCUCCAGCUAGCUUGGAAAGAUCGUCAAAGUCGGAGAAAGACAAGAUCGAGGCUGCUCAUGGCUACGCCGCUUGUUUAGCCCAAGAUGCAGCAUCGACUACUGCGAUGCACCAUCGAAACUGCUCGCCGCAUGCGCGUGGUGCACUUCUCUGCUUGCCUUCUCGCCACGCCCCGCCAGCACCACAUUCUUCCACGCACACUGCCAGUGCCGAAGCGGCUGCGGCGUGCCUACGCAUGGCGAAUCCUUCACAGGUGUGGACGGCCCCUCUCUCUGCCUCCUGCUGCACCACAGGAUCCACCAGCGGGCUCUGCCUACCGCGGCGUCUGCCCAUGCCGCACGAGGAGCUCCGUCGCUCGGCGUCGGUGCUGAUGGCUGUGCCGCUACCGCCACCAGCGGCACUGUCGUCGCCUGCUUCUUCGACCGGCCGCAGCGAGACACCAGGGCUGACAUCGGGGCCGUUGGCUGUCUCUGGUUAUGGUACACUCACCGCGCCUCCGCCGGUCAUGGCAGUCUACAUCAUGGAGUGCCCCGUGCUGCAUGAAGGUGUGGACUGCAUAGCGGCAUCGGCUGUUCCGCUCGCUCGUCCACUCGCGAAGGUUGUAUGCUCCCCCAACACGCUGCGCUUCCGCGAAGCGUGGUACCCGAUGCAGUUCUUCUGCUGGUGCGACCGCAGUAGGGCUCCGGCUGCUGCCUCGGCGACGACGACAGCGGCAGCGUACGUUGACCACCACCUCCUCUGCGUCUCCUCGAUUGCUGUCGACCUUGUACAGGUGCGCUGCCGGGUCAGCCCCGCACUCGCAUCUCAGCCGCCUCAGCCCCCGCAAGCGUCCACGAAGCCCUCACCUCUGCUCUUGUUUGGGGGUGGUGGCACACAGGAGGACGGGCACAUCCCGCUUGCCUCUCCGGUGAAUGCGGCGACAGUGGCUUCAAUGACCUCUUCAUCAUCCAUGGCGUCUUCUGCUACCACCGGCGGCGUGUGCGAUGGGGCCGCGCUGGUGUCCAUAAGCGUGCUGCAGCGCUACGUCACACGCUCGGACUGGUGCACCUACGAUGCACGAAGCCGUGUGCUGCUGAGCCUUAACCACGCUCGCCCGUCGGUGGUGAAGCCGAUCAAGGUGUAUGUGGGGCGAAGGGCGUCUUCGGUGGACCGCGAACCGAGAGCAAAGUCUAGCAGGGCAACUGAUGCAAGUUCUGUGCGACUGGAGCUGCGCACGUUGACUGAGUUGACAUUACCAGAGAGCCCCUGCGCUACUCUCCAUAUGCACUGCGGCGCGGGACACGGCACUGCCGCUGGCGCUGCGGCCGUUUCGUUGUCGGAGCUGCCGCUGCCGCUUCUCCGGUGCCCGCACGUGUCGCACCAGCUCUCCUCGGUGCUGGGCGUGCUGACGAUCUACGGGCAAUCUUUCGUAUACCACGUGUCCUCCGGCCGCAGCACCAUCGGGGGCCAACAGGAUCCGGUGAUGGACUUGUACAUGCACGUCCCCUCCAGAGAGCACGGGUGCCAGCCCUUGUCCGGUGUGUCGCAGACGGGGAGGGCACUGAGUAGCGGAGUUGCCUGUGCUGGCGCGUCAGCGUCGGCUGCUGAAGCAGCGCAUAGCGACUCACUCUUGAGUCGGCUUACGGCGGCGGCGUCGUUCGCCGCGGCCUCUGCGCCGCCGCCCAAGUUGUGUAGCGGCGUGUUUGUUCAUGCUGCACGGCUGUCCUUGACUGCGGUGAUCUCGUGUGCGUCUCACGACUCUCAAGCGUCUGUGCAAGACCCGCGGUCGGGUGCCGUAGGGGCUCACGUGCUUGCCGCGCCGUUGCCGCAGCUGCCGGGCUCAGUCCCCUUCUGCGUACAGGUGGUGGACAACCUCAUCGUGAUUCACUCUCCAGACACGGCACGGUCGGCCGUGUACGAUCUGGCAGACUGCGGCAGCAGCAGCGUGUCUCGUAUGAGUGCCGCUACCGCUUCUCGCAACGCAAGGAAGAGCAUGCCGGCGCGGAGCUAUGUGUGGAAGGCGGUGACCUCAGGCACCCUUGGCGCGGGGGUGCGGGCGCGUAAGCCUGCCGCUGCUUCAGCGCACUAUUCUUCUGAGCCGGCUCCUUCGUUGGGAGCUGGAGGGGGUGCGACUUCGGGCUCACAGGGGAUGGCAAGCAGCGGUUUUGGUCGCUCCCAGCUCUCUCGGCCGCACCACCACAGCGGCAGCAGCAUCACUGGCGACGUCGACGACGCCUCUGCAUCAACGUCGUGCACACCGCUGCUACUGUCACCAACAACGUCCCAUCCGCCAGCUGCCACCUCUAGCGUCGCGCAGGCCGCCGCCGCCGCCGAGUCACUCGCGGCUGAGCACCAGCGCCAGCGCGACCGCUCGCGCCGUAGGAAAGUGACAUGGCAGCACCGAGCUCCAUCGGCCGGCUUUACAUCUAUGCUGUCCGUGUUGAGCAGCGCAAUGCUAGCGAUGACCGCGUUGGAUCCUACCACCGACGCUGCCGCUGCUUCACCUGCCGUGCCGUUGAUGUACCCGCUGUACUGCUGCGGUGCUGUUGCAGCGGUGGAGGGUUGUGAAGAGGGAGAUGCAGGCGGCGGCGGAGGUGCACCGAGGGACAGUGAGCCGGUCGUCUACAGCGACUAUCAGUGGCUGGCGGGCCUGCGGCUACCCCUGGUGAUGAAGGCGUCGGACGGAACGCUGCGCGUGUGCCGUGUAGACGCUGCGCGGGUGGCGGCGUGGCGUCUGCUUGUGGGCUCAAGCCACGAGAGCGACCGCGCCGGCCAGGAUCCUUGCCCGCCGCAGCAGGAGCAGGGCCUGGAUGUAAACACCUGGAAUGGUGAAGCAGCGGCUGGGUUUGUCCGCACCUAUGUGAGCUUCCUGUGUCGGCGCCAUCAGGUGUUUUCGGCUCGCUCGGCCAACGGCCGCAGCACCAGCAGCGUGCACGCUCUUGUCGGCCUUCUAGCUGAGCUCACCGUCCAGGCGGUGGGGUUGGAGGGCGAUGACGGCGACGGCAACGGUGCUGGAGUGUCCCAGACGGGCCCAGCUGAGUACUCAAAGGUGGAUGCGUUGCGACAUUUUCUGUGGAUGGCCACAGCAUCGACACCGGACGUCGGAGGCGAGCAGUUGUACACUCUAUGGACGUGCAUGCUGGAGAACCUCACACUCGAAACCGCGUUUUCUGCCCGCUGCGUCGCGGUGGAGCGAGAGCGCUCUUUGGCCCUCGCAGGAGGGGUCGGCGGCGCCGAUGCUGCGCGUGCAGCCAGCUCUGAGGCAUCUGGUGAGCUCCUCAUCAGCUCUGCUGAGCUGCAGCAGCUCAUUUUACAGAAGGUGUUUGAUCCUACUUGGGCAGCCAUUCAGUCCUCUUUGCUGUGCCACCCCCAGCAGCAGCAGCAGCAGCAACAGCCGCAGAGGCGGCGCCAACUCGAGGGUCUCCUCUGCGAUUAUGUGCGGCUCCUGCACAGCGCCGCCAUUCCAGUGGAGCCGCCACUUCAGCACUUGCUUCUCGAGAUGGUUCUUAGCGACGUGGGAGACAUUCCAGCGAGCCCGUUUAUGUCUUCUCGAUCGCCAUCUGUCUGCAGCGCUGCACGUCGUGUCCAGGAGCUGCUGCGACAAGGGGUACUGGAGCGAAACGAGGCCACGGCGCGCUGGCUGCUGGAUUGGUGGGGCGCAUCUCAGGAGGUAAGAGCAUCGAUGCGGCGCAUCGACACAGCUGAUACGAGUGCGCGUCGUUUCAACGCGGGCGAGCCCUCAGCGAAGUGCCGCGCUGAGCCGUCGGGUGCAGUGGCCUCUGCUCCCACAUCCCCGGCCGCGGCGACGCCAACGGCACAGCAAUGCGACGAUGUGUCGUUCUCUCCCUUCUGCCCCGCUGAAGACGCGGAGGAGACGGAGAUUCUCUUCGGGGAGGCGGUGCGUCUUCUUGAGGCGCACGGCUUCUUACUGGAGGUCGCGGAGGCGUACAGCUGUCGCUCCCACUUCACCGCUGCGGCAGCGGUGUUGCAGCGUGUUCCAGAGCAGAGCAAGCUCGCUGAGGUGCCCGUGGUUGCACCAUCGCCGGUGCUGUCGCACCAUCGGCGAACACGCGUGCUGUCGUGGGACUCCCUAGUCCUCUCCGUGCUGGAUGGCGCGUGGCGGUGUGUGUGUUGUGCGGAGGAGGCGCUCUUCUCCAACGCAGGCGGUGCCCUCGUCGCAUCCCAGCACCAGGUUACCGCAUUGGAUUUCGCCUCGAACCCACUGAAGUCUUGGCGAACGCGCUCGCUGGAGCGACAAGUUCAAGCCGCGCAUCGUGUGUACAUCACCGUGGCAAGGAGACUGCUGGUAAAGCCGACGGCCAGCGCGUUGCCGCCUUCGUCAGCAAGCAAGGCAGCGCAUCCCAGCCAGGGCUCCCUCGCUGCGACCACUUCGCCUGAUGUCGACGGUCGUUUCCACGUGCACGCGAUACACUACGAGCGGCUGCUUCGCCAGAUGGAGCAGGGCUGGCACGAGCUAAAGCAGCGCGGCGGAGCAUGA